AUGGUGUGGCUCGCAGCGCCGCACGUCGGCGUGAGCGGCGCGGGCCACGCCGCGGCAUAUUUCGAUGCUGUCGAACAGCAUGUGUAUGCGGAUUUGCCGCCACUUGCGCUGGCUGACGCCAUGAGCGCGGAUGCCACGGUGACUCGUGCCCCGUCGGCGGCCGCCCACGACGCCACACACAUUGCGAUGCGUUUGAGAACGCACAGUAGCGAUCGUGAUGCCUGGAACGCCUGCAUUUCUUUGCUCUCGAAUGGCUCUGAUACUAGUUCAGUCCUUGUACCUGUCGUACUGAGCCUUAUUCAGGACGCCUCUACGCCUCUCCCGGACGUCCUGGACGCAGUGAUCGCGCUGCUAUGUACCCACCCUGACCCCACAUUCUGGCAGCGCACUGGUCAUGCCCCACUAUCUGUACUGUCGCAUCUCCUCGCGCACCCAUUACUUGAUAAAGUUCCAGUGACGACUCUCUACAAGGCGUUGAGCGCCCUUCUCGAGGCACUCCACACGUACUCGCCGGCCGCGUACGAUGAAGGCCUAAAAACUCUCAUGCAUGACCUUCUUGAAAAGCGCCAGGGUGCACAUAUACCCGUGCAUGUGCGCACGUCCUACCUCGUACUCGGCGCUCAGCUCCUCGAGCAGCGUGUCGCCUUGGCAUGGGAUGCCACGCUCCAGCAUCGCAGUGCGCGUGCGUGCACACAGGGUGAUUCUAGUGCAUCAUUCGUGCUCCAUGUGUAUGCAUCGCGCAUCGUGAGCGCUGUCGUACGUCAUCCGCGGCUUGUGCGCCUGAUUGGACUCGCGUUGGCCCACGAUGCAGUCAAGACGGCGAAUGUGUGUGUGGCACUCUCCCACACGACGACACGCGUAGCGCAGCUGCGCAAGCGGUUUAUGGACCAUGAAGCGCCCGAUGCGGACGAGUCACUCUACCGCGCGGCGCUCGCUGAGCAUGGCACGUUGUCCGCACCGACAACGUCGCCGCAGCUGUGGACGCAUGUCGCUCUUCUCCUUGGCAGUGACGAGGCACGCACUGCGCCGAUGCACCUGGCCGCUUAUCUCUUGCGCGCGCUCACAAUCGUCGCGCCCAUGUACCCAGCCCCGGUCGUCGAGGCACAUACACCGCGUGCUUUGGCGAACGAGGCAGCGCCUGCAUUCGUGGCGUUCCGAACGUGCAUAACGAAGGCAGUGAUUGGGACCCGGCAGGCCAUGGCCAUGAUAGUCGAGUCGCUUCCGCCGGCUACGGCGCACCUUGCAGCGAUAGCGCCGCGCCUACGAGCCGUGUGCCUAGAAGCAGCGCCGCUCCUGAGUAUUUGUGCGGCGCCUGCGCUCAUGCAAGGCAUCGAGAGUCUGCUGCAAACGCUUUCUGAUCCAUCGUAUUCGCGUUUUGAAAUGCUACAUACGCUGUGGCUCGAAGAGCGCGCAGCAGCACUGGAUGGGACGCAGCGCUUUAUUGCGCUCUUUUUGCUGGCGACACAGCACGUAUCGUGGACUUGGCCGCUCGCUCGGGCGGGUGUGCGCCUGAUUGACGACCUUUUGCAUGUUCUGUGCGACAGGACAGUCGGUGUGUUGCUACCCUAUAUCCCAUGGGGCACACUCGCUGAUGGCCCUCGUGUGCUGGCACUAUGGACGGGCCUUGCACAAUGCGUUGCCACAAUCUUCGCGCAGGUACCUGGUUGGUCACGCACGGGCGAUCGGCAGGCGAUGCUGCCGUAUCUAGCCCAUGUCCCCGCGCUUGCCUCGUACAUGGUCCAGAGUGCCGACCUCGCCAGUCGUGCGACGGAGCUCGAGGGGCUUGAAGACGGUGUGCAAACGGCGCUUUUGGCGCCGUUGCACGAGGCUGUCGCGUGGCUGCGUCUGAAUCAUGGCGAGCUGUUGCAGCAGCUUUUUGAUUAUUUGCGUCGCACCGUCAAGGUGCUCAAAGCGCACGGCGUCUGUGUGCCUCCCGCGUUCCAGACCCAGGUCAUCGACUUUCUCACGCAGCAGCUCGCGAUCCCCGAUGCACAAGAGCGGCGUACCCUUCUAACGACACCGCAAAUGGAGUUGCUCCUGGAAGAAUGCCGUGCCCUGCGGACAGAGGCACCGGCUGGCCCUAGCGCACCGCGCCCGUCACCCCCUCUGCGACAGCAGACGCUUCCAUGGGCCCCUGCGCGACCUGCGCGUGCCCCGCCUGCGCCCACGCCCGUGGUUGACCUCACGCGUGAGGCGCCUUCGCCGUCAGCGUUCCGGAAGGCGACACAUACGCCCGCAGCAGCCACGCGCAGCGCGCCGCGCGUGCGCAGCUCGACCGGAAAACUCGCGCAGCUACGCAACGAGUUCCAGCUCACUCGUACCGCCGCCCGCAGGCCCCAUGCGCCGCGCCGUGAAUUUGAGCCAGACGAGCCACGCGCGCCGCUCGCAAUGAGUAGCGUCACAGGCGCCAUCCGACCGCCACCAGUGCGGCCUGCGCCACCGCCCGAGUCGGAUACGACAAGCGAGAGCGAGAGUGAGGAUGAGGGCGGCCGGCGUGGCCUCUCGUCGCUCGCAUCGCCGCCGAAGGCCAAGGCGCCCGUCGUGCGCCGCCGCGUACAGCCCAUGACUGAUCCAGCCUUGCAAGAGACGAUGCGCCGUGCCGAAGACGAGCAGCGCCGACGCCGCCUGCGCACGCCUCCUUCGAUGGCGCCAUUACACGAGGGCCUUACUCGCUGGGACAUGGGAUCGCAGGCACUAACACCUCCGUGUCGUCUCGAUGGCCUGCCUUUUCCUGCCUCCAUUCCAUCGUGGGCGCCAAAUGCAGACGCAUAUAUGGAGCGCUUUGGUACGCUGCUCUCGCUCGAGGCCUGGGCGCAGUUCCAACAGAGCUGUGAGCAGCGCAAAGAAGUGCCGAGUGUGGAUGUGCAUUACGUGCGCCAGCGCCGCGUUGACAGCUUUGUGCAGUUGGAGCUGAUCACCACGGGCACCGUGCCGACCGGCUUUGGGCUGAGCGACACGGACGUCGUAUGCUUGGAGCUGCCUGAGCGCGCAUUUGAGGCCGUCGCAGUCGUGUGCCGCGCCAGGGCCAGCGCCACGGACGCUCGUGUGCUUGACCUGGAGCUGCGGUGCGCCCACGCCAAGGUGCAGUCCGCGCUGCCGUACGUGUCAGAGCGUGGUUGGCGUCUCCGUAAGCUACUUACGCUUACGACGCUGCGGCGUGAAUAUGCGGCACUCGGCAGCGUGCCGGACCUGCUUUUGGCGCAAGACCUGCUUCAGGCGCGCGUCGCGCCACGGCCCGAGGUGUCCGAUGCGGAUCGUGCACGGGCUGCGCACACAUACGCGCUGAAUGCGCCGCAGGCGCAAGCAGUCGUUGCGGCGAUGCGCACCAAUGGCUUCUCGCUGAUCCAGGGACCACCCGGUACCGGUAAGACGAAGACAAUCCGUGCGCUUGUAGCGUCUCACCUGGUACGGCAGCGGCCGGCGCGUAGUGCAAAGCGCACGCCCGAUGCCAAGAUCUUACUAUGUGCACCGAGCAAUGCUGCAAUUGAUGAGCUUGUUGCUCGCCUCAAGGAUGGCGUCGACGUGGAUGGCGAGCGGAUCGUGCCGCGCCUCGUGCGGUUGGGCCGGGAGGACGCCGUGCAUCCGAGUGUGCAGGACGUGACACUGGAUGCCCUCGCGCGUGGCACCGAGACCGGGCGGCCGAUCGGUGACGUGCAAGCAGAGCAGCGGCGUGUCGAGGCGCAAGUACAAGCUGCGCGCCAGCAGCUUGCGGCAGGCAUCACUGGCGCACAAGCGCGAGAGCGACAGCGUGAGCUGAACGAACUGUCUGAUCGCCUCCUUGAGCUGCGCGAGGAGCUGCAGUCACUUGAGAGCCGGCAGCGCCGGUCACUACAGCGCACAGAUGCAGGGCUCUCGCUGACGCGCAAGCAAGUCCUGGACGACGCUGAGGUUGUAUGUGCAACGCUGGCCAGUGCAGGACACGAGUCGCUGUAUGCGUACACAUUUGAUACGGUCGUCAUUGACGAGGCGGCGCAGGCUGUCGAACUGAGUGCGCUCAUUCCACUGCGCUAUGAAUGUCGUCGGUGCAUUCUCGUGGGUGACCCCAAGCAGCUGCCACCGACGGUGAUCAGUACCGAGGCGGAACGCCGCGGCUAUGCACAGUCGUUGUUUGUGCGGCUGUAUGAGGCGGCGUCGGACCGUGUGCAUCUGCUGUCGAUCCAGUACCGCAUGCAUCCAAGCAUCAGCCAGUUUCCCUCGGCGGCCUUCUACGGGCGGCACCUGCGGGAUGGGCCGGGUAUGGCCGAGGCGACAGCGCAGCCGUGGCAUGCUGCGCCGCUGUUUGGCCCGUUCCGGUUCCUGGAUGUGCGGGGCACCGAGUCGAUGGGCCGCGGCCACUCGCUGCAGAACACGGCCGAGGCGCGCGCAGCGAUGCAGGCGUACGAGGCGCUGCAGCAGGUGGCCGGACAGAGCCUGGCAGGCCGCGUGGCGUUCAUCAGCAUGUACAAGGCGCAGGUUGAGUUGCUGCGCUCGCUGUUUGUGCAGCGCUAUGGGCGGGCGAGCGCGGACCAUGCCGACUUUCGCAGUGUGGACGGAUUCCAGGGGCAAGAAAAGGAUAUCAUCUUUCUCAGCUGCGUGCGCAGCAACAGUGACGGCACGAUGGGUUUCCUGGGUGAUCAACGCCGCUUGAACGUCGCCCUAACACGUGCACGAAGCAAUUUGAUUGUGCUGGGCCAUGCGUCGCACCUGUGUCAUGAUCCAGUGUGGCGCCGCCUGAUCACCGAGGCGCGCACACUCCAGUGCUGCAUAGAGGUCACGCCGCAUACGUUUACGAACCCGGCCAAGAUGGCGCGUCCCAAGGCGGUGCUUGGCCCUGAGCCUGUUCCGCAGGAUCCAGCGCCUGCCCCCCCGCAGAGCUCUGCGGCGCCUGCACCCAAGCAAACCAUGCAGCCUGCGCCGAAACGACCUCGAGUAGAGACCACCGUGUCGCCGAAGGUCGCGCCGUCCGAGUCGCUACGCAAGCAGACGCCUGCACUUAAGGCACCACCAAAGGUCGCGCCGUCUGCAUCGCUAUGCAAGCAGACGCCCACACCCAAGGCGCCGCCAAAGGUCGUGCCGUCCGCUUCGCUGCUCAAGCGGCCGACUGUGCCUAAAGUGCGUCCGCGUACCGCGUCCGAGGCCGAGACGCCCCCAACUGUGGGCCGUGCGCAGCCCACGUGGCUUCGCUCCGCACGACCUCCUAUCCUUCCCAAAAAGCCUUAG